AUGGUUUUCGAGUUAGAUAACCAUGUACGGACGAAAUUAACACAUGAUUUUCCUUCUUCCUCCGCCUCUACAGAGAAUGACAGGUAUAUUGAAGGAGGGUCAGUUUCGGACAACAUGCUUGCUGAGAUAACCGGCCACGGAGUGGAUGAUGACAUUCUUGAAGGAGUGGACGUGAAGUCAUCUAAUAUUGUGGGUGACGACGGUUUGGCCAACCAGAUGGUAGGUGUUGAAAAUGAGAUAAUCGUGCCUACGGUUGGUAUGAAAUUUGUGGAUGAAACCGAGGUAUUCGAAUUUUACAAGAGAUACGCUUAUCAAGUAGGAUUUCCUGUUAGAAAAUGAAAUACAACGAGGGAAGAUGAUGGGUCAGUACGGUAUGUGAGUUUUACCUGUAGUCGAGAAGGGCGACGAAAACGUAAUA